AAUAAUAAGAAUAAUAAUAACUCAGAGGUUACAAAAUAUAUAAAGAACAGGUAGAGGUACUACCUAUUUACGAAACUGAAUGCUACUUGUAUUUGCUACACACACAAUACCCAAGUUAGACUAUACUGGGCGAGAAUUACGGCCACGCCAUUUUAAAAUCAAAUUGUUCCUAACUUGUGAAUGGCGAACAUGAUGGUUGGUUAGAUGGCUGCCCCGGAGGUAGCAGCCUGGCUUACCACACUUCGAAACAUUUGAAGCUGGUGACAUUUUAUUUCAAGAGAACUUAUAUAUGUUUCACAUUUUUCAUUCUUAAGACCUUGUUUAUUCCUUUCACAACGUAGAGCAGAUCACUCCAGAGUAAUCAAUCUGGUUACAUUUUAUUCCAGAGACCUUAUAAUUCACAUUUUCAACAGGAUUACCACACUUCGCUGGUGGUGGCAUUUUAUUUCAGGGACCUUAUAUUUCACAUUUCCAACUUGUUUAUUUCUUUCACAACGUAGAGCAGAUCACUCCAGAGUAAUCACGCUGUUUGCAUUUUAUUUCAGAGACAUUAAUAUUUCACAUUUUCAACUUGUGAAUAACCUGAUGGUCAGAUGGCUGUCUAGUAUAGAUAUAGCAGCCAGGAUUACCACACCUCGCUGGUGACAUUUUAUUUGAAGAGAACUUAUACAUAUUUCACAUUUCCAACCUUAAAAACCUUGUUUAGUCCUUUCAAAACGUAGAGCAGAUUACUCCAGUGUGAUAAAGCUGGUUACAUUUUAUUUCAGAUACCUUAAUAUUUCACAUUUUCAACUUGUGAGUGGUAAGUAGGUAGCAGCCAGGACCCAGGAUUACCACACUUCCCUGGGUACAUUUUAUUUCAGGGACCUUAUAUUUCACAUUUUUCAGCCUUAAGACCUUAUUUAUUCCUUUCACAGCGUAGAUCAGAUCACUCCAGAGUAAUCAAGCUGUUUACAUUUUAUUUCAGAGACCUUAUAUUUCACAUUUUCAGUCUUAAAACUUAAAAGCUUCAGAGACAGCUACAGAGAGAGACUACCCAAUGGCAUUAAAGGGACAGCAUUUGCGCGUCGCGGCCGGCGUGUGGAACCCUUGGGUGUUGAUGGAACACGACCAACAGGGACGCCUGGUGAAGUCUACAGGCAUCUUCAUCGAGUUCAUGGACAUGUUUGCUCAGAAGCUCAAUUUUACAUAUUCCCUGGUCGAGGCAGCUGACGGCGAGUGGGGCCGAAUUUUACCGAACGGAUCGACAACUGGAAUGAUAGGCCUAUGUCACAGGAGGGAAGUGGACAUGGCUCUAGGCCCAUUCAGCAUAACAUAUUUGAGAAGCCUGAUAAUCGACUUCUCCGUUCCCGUUUACAUCGACAACAGCGGUAUAUUCCUCCCUAGGCCUACGCGCGAACGAGACCUCACUGGCUUCGCUAAGCCUUUUGCUUGGCAGGUAUGGAUAGCUUUGUCCUUGGCAGUUCUUGGGAGCAUGGUACUAGGAGUCGCCAUGAGAUGGUUCGUUCAACAAUGGGGCCCAUUGAAGUCUGGGCAUAAUCUCCAGGAGUUCCGUGGAAAGACUUGGCCACUGCUGACCUUCGAACCCGUUUGGCUCAUUAGGUUGCUUCUACUCGAAGGUGUAGAAAUCCCACCAAUGAUACUGACUGGUCGACUGUUUAUGGGAACGUGGAUGUUGGCAACCUUGAUUCUCAGCUCAGCUUACCAAGGAGUCCUAACCUCUCUCCUCGCAGUGCCGAAGGUUGUAAUUCCAGUAGAUUCUCUGCAGGAUUUGGUCAACUAUGGCAAGAUCCCCUGGGCUAACGAAUACGGAACUUCUCUCCAUCAGUUUUUUGGCGACGCCAAAUCAGGCAUUUACAAGACGAUCAACGACAAGGCUUUCCUGGUCACAGCUUGUUACGACGAACGCCACCGGAUGAAGGUCGAAAAGUUUGCCAUAUUAUGUGAUUUCUUCUCCAUGAAGAAGAUCAUAAGCGACGACUACAGCGAAACCGGCCAAUGCAAUUAUUACAUCGCCAAGGAAUCCAUUUGGGCGUCGAGUUUUGCCUUCGCCUUCCCUAAAAACAGCUCAAUCAUACCGCACUUCGAUAAACUAGUGACGAUGAUGAAGGAAGGGGGCUUGAUAAGCAGAUACAGGCAGCAAUUGACGUCAAAUGCAACGGCCUGCAUGGUGAAGCCCGGGAAGGAGGAUGGGAUCUCUACACUGGUGCUCUCGCUGAGCGAUUUCGGAGGCAUCUUCCUGCUUUGUCUGGGAGGACUAGUACUGGGUGCCAUACUUCUGACUGGAGAACUGGCUACUAGCUGGGCGAAGAAAAGGGACUACUGAACGUAAUUAUCUACAAUUACACCAUUACUCCUACAGUUGCAAUUACAGUAACGGUGAUUAUAGUUAAUUUAUAACUCCUGCUUAUACAAUGACGUAUACGGCACUGGUUCGCUUAGUUGUAUGUUUCUUUCCUUAAUUUGCUGUGAUUUGUUUUAAAAUAAAUUAAACUUCUUGC